CGCUCAAACGUGCGGUAAUCGUUGUGCGGUUUCAGUUGCUCCGCAGCUUGGACUAAAGUGAUAAAACGUACAAACACGAUCGAUGGUUCGAAGACGGGCUGUAAUUUCGUAGGUGAAGGGAGGCCUCGCCUGCGACCGAACCAGCAUGUGGCCACCCAACGGAAAACAUCAUCUCUGCGACGAAAAGCCACGGCUAUAAUCUGGAGAUCGGCUCUUAUAUUCAUCUGCAGCCUGCAGCGCUCGUCUACUGCCAGUUGGAAUUAAGGAGGACGGAUUCCUCCUUGUUGUUGUUACGUCGUAUUGUUAUCCUCGUUAUAUAUUAUUUUAUUAUUUGUUCGUCCAAUCGGUACGUACGUCGUUUCGACGAGAAGACGGUAUUCUCCGGUAUUGUGACAGUGUGAUUAGUGCGUGCAGGUGGAAACAUCAUAUUUUUUAUAUCAUUGUAUAUAAAAAAAAAAAAAAAGAAGUAAUAUAAAUUGUAAUUGUGUGGUUCAAAAGCAUCGAGUUAUAAAUAACUCGGACUAAUUGUAACCUGACCUGCCGGUUGCACAUAUUCAACGAUUAUGUCCGCCUACGCGCAGUUCGGAUACUCAUAUCCGUCGGCCUCGCAGCUCCUGGUAAGCGGUGGCCAACCGACCACGGCGACGUCGCCAGCGAUGUCGUCAGGCGGGGCCCUGAGUCCCGGGGCCUUGUCACCGUCAUCGACGGCAACGACGACGACGGGCGCCGGGCCCGGAACAACCGGUGGAGCGACGACGCCGGUCGGUGGAUCGACGGGGACCAGCACAGGAUGCUGCGAAAACGGACGACCGAUGAUGACGGAUCCUGUGACCGGGCAGACGGUCUGCUCCUGUCAGUACGACAGUGCGGCCCGACUGGCCCUGGGGGCCUAUCCAAGGCUGGCCCCGACGGCGACGUCAUACUCCUCCUACCCGACGCCCACGCCCUCCACCACCGACCAGGGGCCUUAUCCUACCAUCGGGAUGGACAGCUCGGCCUUCUAUUCACCCUUGGGUAACCCCUACGGGCUGAAGGACGCGACGGGGAUGGGAAUGACGCCGGACAUGGGCACCGCCUGGGGCACCGCCGCUCUCCAACCCGCAGCCACAGGCUACUAUCCCUACGAUCCAACCCUGGCCGCUUACGGAAUCUCGUUUAGCCUGGAUCAGCCUGGGUCAACGUGGUCGUGUAUUUGCAGGUACGGUGCAGGGUACGAUUUGGCCGCGAGGCGCAAAAACGCUACGAGGGAGUCGACGGCCACGCUAAAGGCGUGGCUCAACGAGCACAAGAAAAAUCCGUACCCAACCAAAGGCGAGAAGAUCAUGCUGGCCAUCAUCACCAAGAUGACCCUCACCCAGGUAUCGACGUGGUUCGCCAACGCCCGGAGACGGCUAAAGAAGGAGAACAAGAUGACCUGGGAACCGAAGAACAAGACCGACGACGACGACGACGCCGUUCUAUCCGACUCCGAGGAUAACAAGGAAAAGGACGAGCUGACGGGUGACGGACGGGGGGACAGAGUCGGCGAUGACGCAAGGCGAACCCUCGACGAUGGUGAACCCAUGAGGCACGUCAAGGCCGAGCAUCUCCAGCACGACAAGGACCUUGACGACGACGAUGACCUCGAUCUCGAGGACAAUCCACGCCGAGGCGAGCACUCCUUCCACCAUUCGAUGCAGCCCCACCACCACCACCACCAGGGCUACGUCGGGGACGAGCACCUCAAGGACGAGGGCAUAAAGUCGGACUGCAGCGCCGGCGGCGUUCCCAUACCUGCCACCAAGCCAAAGAUUUGGUCCCUCGCGGACACGGCGGCCUGCAAGACACCCCCGCCGCCGAGCCACCCCCACCACCAGCAGUACCUCCACCACCAGCAACACUACGCGCAGCAGCAGCACCCGGGUCACCUCGCUGCCUCCCAGGGUCACCACCAUUCCCAGCAACCCUGGCUGGGCGGGGGCGGUGGAAGCCUGACCUCCUUCGCGCUUCCGUCCUCGGCCUCGAUGAGCCCCUCGGCGGCAGCGACGGCUCCGUACUCAAGCGCGGCCGCGAGGUACGGCGGUUUCCUCUCAUCGUCUUCCGGCGGUCAGCUUCACUACAACCCAAACUCAUCGGGAUCAUCGUCGAACGGUUCGUCGGCGGCGGCGGGGUUUCCCGAGGUUGGGACGGACACGCCGCCCCAAACACCACCCAACAUGAAAGUGGCCACCCCCAACGGGGUGAUCCAGGGCCCUCCUGGGGGGUACAUCCCUGGUGGCAAUAACAGUAACAACUCGGCUGCCCACUACCCCGGAGGCCACGCGGCCGGCUAUCUGUCCUCCAGUUCCGGAUCCGCCAGCAACGGGUUCAGCCCUCGGCUCCAGCACUCACCUCACAAGGACUUCUCGCCUAUGUCGCAGAACUCCCUUAUCCAUCAGCAGACCACCGCCAGCCUUCCUCCUGUGGAGGGAACCACCACCGCCUUCAAGCCCUUCUACAAGGGGUCGCAAUCCAUGGGCAGCGGGUUCGUUUCGCCGGUAUAAACUCUCCGAGGUCCGAGAUGCGGGAGUUCGCCAUGUCAGAGGUUGUGGACAAUUGGAAUCGUCGUUAUCGUCUCGUGGGGAUGGAAUAACCUCGAGGGCAAAGACGCUGACACGUUUCCUCUGUCGAACACCGAGCUUGAAGCAGCCUUCCAGGACGUCUCGGCGCAUGGGCAAAGUGCAUUAUUAUUAAAUGUAGCGCGACAAAUCGCGCCUAAAAUAUCUACCACGUAAAAUUACGUGGGGUGCAGCGUGUUUCGGGUGGCCUCCA